AUGGCAGGAGGAGUAAAAAAUUAUAACGUAACUGGGUAUGGAUUUGGUUAUGAUUACCAGACUCACGACUGCAAAUUGGUAAGGGUUGUUGACGACCGGGAUUCUAGUUGUCCUAAUGUUUAUGUCUAUACAUUAAGCUCAAAUUCAUGGAAAAUCACUCAAAGCAUACCUUGUUAUUUUUAUUACGCAUAUAGUUAUGGGAAGUUCUAUGAAGGAGCUCUUCAUUGGCUUGCGAUUACCUAUGGACAAUGCUCCAUUAAACUAGAAUGUUUUGGUAUUAUCAACGAGACAUUCCAGGAGAUGGCACUACCGGAAGAACUUGAACCAUAUACAGAACAACCUUCCAAAAAAUAUAUGUUCAAUAUAGAUGUGGGAGUAUUGGAAGGGUGCCUAUGCCUAGUUUUAAAUGUUUAUAAUGUAGGCAUUGAUGUAUGGAUGAUGCAAGAAUAUGGAGUUAGAGAAUCUUGGGCUAAAAGUGUCUCUCCACUACCCUAG